AGAGAACGAUGCAGAGGGCGUCUGGAGCCCCGACAUUGAGCAGAGCUUCCAUGAGGCGCUCGCCAUCUACCCACCCUGUGGACGACGCAAGAUCAUCCUUUCCGACGAGGGCAAGAUGUACGGUCGAAAUGAAUUGAUAGCCAGAUAUAUCAAGUUACGAACAGGGAAAACACGAACCAGAAAACAGGUAUCGAGCCACAUCCAAGUGCUUGCCCGGCGAAAGGCACGAGAGAUCCAAGUGAAGCUGAAGGAUCAGGCAGCGAAGGAUAAGGCUCUCCAGUGCAUGGCCACCAUGUCCUCUGCCCAGAUCCUCUCUGCCAACGCCUUCCAGAGCAAGCUGGCACUGCAGGCACUGCCCCGGCCUGCCUACCCUGCAGCCACUGGGUUUUGGCAUGCAGCUCUACAAGGCCAACCUGUGCCCUCCCAUGAUGUGAAACCUUUCUCACAACAGACCUACAACAUUCAGCCACCUGUUGCAUCUUCAAUCACAGCAGGCUACGAGACUCCAGUGGGACUCACCACCUCCCCCUCAGCCCCUUCCUGGCAGGGCCGCAGCAUUGGCAGCUCCAAGUUCCGGAUGCUGGAAUUCUCAGCCUUCCUAGAACAGCAGAGGGAUCCUGAUACAUCAAACCCCACGUUCAGCGACCCCUACCUGGAGGCAGUGGACAUCCGGCAGAUUUACGAUAAGUUUCCAGAGAAGAAGGGAGGCUUGAAGGACCUUUUCGAGAAAGGACCAGUCAAUGCAUUCUUCCUUGUCAAAUUUUGGGCGGAUCUGAACACGAACAUGCAGGAUGACAGCGGCUCUUUCUAUGGGGUCUCCAGUCAGUAUGACAGCUCAGAGAACAUGAUCAUCACCUGCUCCACCAAAGUCUGCUCCUUCGGCAAGCAGGUGGUGGAGAAAGUGGAGACGGAGUAUGCUCGGUUUGAGAAUGGGCACUAUGUGUUUCGAAUUCACCGCUCCCCUCUGUGUGAAUACAUGAUCAACUUCAUCCACAAACUCAAGCACCUCCCAGAGAAAUACAUGAUGAACAGCGUCUUGGAGAAUUUUACGAUUCUGCAGGUGGUAACAAACCGAGACACACAAGAGACACUGCUGUGCAUCGCCUAUGUUUUUGAGGUGUCCACUAGCGAACAUGGUGCCCAGCACCACAUCUACAGACUGGUCAAGGACUAGGGGAUUGGGAGACAAGACUGACCCCCAUCCAACUACUUCUACUAAUGAUGCAACAAACACAACCUCCGGUCAAGAAUGAAUGUGUUUUUUUGGUGCCUAAACAAGACAAUUGAACCAUGCGAACACUUAGAACAUUUAAAGAGGAUAACAAAUACAGUUACUGAUGGAUCUUUUUACGGUGAUAAAAAAGACAAGGGAAUUGCAUGGACUGUUCUAUGAGUUUUACAGUUUUUAUUUGUUAGUUUUUUUUUUCUAUGUUUGCAUGUGGAACUGAGCAAAGGGUUGUGGGUUUUUUUCCACAAAACAAUACUGUAAACAAAUUGUUUUCUUGCAGUAUUAACGUACUACACGUAACGAAUAUGAAAGGUGUGUUUUUGGUCACCAUCACAGUGAGGAUAGACACAGGCAUGGUGAGCUAUACAGAGAGGAGUCUCUGUCCUGAUAGAUUCCUUCAGUUUAUUUUGGUGGAUGGCCUGCUGUAAAUGAAAUGUAGGUCAUAUAAAAGGAUACUACUUAAAGUGAUUGUAGCUAACAACAUAAUUCCAUAAAGUUUAUUUUGCACUUCCAUUAGCUACAAAGGCCUCAAAUGUGCAGUUUUGAAAGAAACACAUGCUAGAGCAUACAUGCAUUUUCAUGUAAAAACACAGCUGACACUACACACAGUGAAGGAAAGUUCUCCGGUUCUGUGACUUCCUCACAUGAAGUCUCUUAUUGUUUCAAUUCUUAGGUCGUUUCACCUCUGCAUGGUAUUUGGGGUGAAAGCAUAGCUGAGAGCUUGUCAGUCAAUAAGGGAAUCUGGUUGGUAAAUGACAGGAAAGGGGUGGAGGCAUUUUACCCACCAGGUGAACUGACCAAGGAAGUGCAACACUAUCUGAAAGCAUGGCUUGCAGACAGAUUUUUUUCAACUUAUUGUAGAAUCAAAUAUUAUGUUUUUAAUAAACAUACAGUUUAACUAUAACAUGUGUUUUUUUCCGAAUGGCACCAGUGAUGCCUAUAUAACACAUGAAAGUGCACAACUGGUAUGAUUUUUAAAUUAUCAUAUUGAGACCUACUCAAUUUUAAGUCACACCUUUUUGUUUUUUUUUACCAAAAUUGAAGUUUAAACUUGGAUUCAGGGUUUUUCAGUUAGGGGGCUGAUUCACAUUUGCAAAUGUCAAUUAUUGUAGUGCGCUUGAACGAGAGCUACUGUACACAGUAAUGCCCACUACAGUAAUGACUCUUCAUGCGCUGUGUUAACAUGGCUACCCGUUGAACUUCACGCUCAUUUUAUGAUGCAGCUUUUAAAAGAAAAGUAACCUUGCUUGCUGAAGAAAAGGGAAACCGUGCAGCAGAAUGUGAAUUUGGGGCGUCCGAGACGUGUGUCAGAAGAUGGAGACGCAAUCGAAAGGCUACUUGUCCUUGCGAAUGUGACAGAAAGUCAGAUUGGCCAAAUUAAACAAAGGAGGGGACAAUAAAACUGACUGCAGUUCAAUACUGUAAGUACUGUACUGUACAUAUUUUAUUUUCCCAUUUGUAAUAUCGUUGGUGACUUUCUCUAAUGCAAUACAGUGUUCCAUGCUGACAUCUAGAAAUUAAAAGGUUUAACUGUAAAUGAUUGUGUUUUUUCAUUGAAUUAAAUGCAACUUGCA